AAGCAGCAGUCGGAGAAUGGUUCCGAGACAAGGAUAAAGUCCCCUGUUCGCGGUGACUAACAGCCACGACAACCACGAUGGAGGAGAUCAAAGUUUCACCUGACUACAACUGGUUCAGAAGCACAGUGCCCUUGAGGAGAAUUAUUGUUGAUGAUGAUGACAGUAAGGUGUGGUCGCUGUAUGAUGCAGGUCCAAAGAGCAUCAGGUGUCCCAUUAUCUUCCUUCCUCCUGUCAGUGGGACAGCAGAAGUGUUCUUCCAGCAAUUAUUGGCUCUGACAGGCUGGGGCUACAGAGUCAUCUCGCUGCAGUAUCCUGUCUACUGGGAUCUCAUGGAGUUCUGUGAUGGUUUCAGGAGGCUUCUGGAUCACCUGCAACUUGAUAAAGUCCAUCUUUUCGGGGCGUCCUUAGGAGGAUUCUUGGCUCAGAAGUUUACAGAGUGCACACACAAGUCUCCCCGAGUACACUCACUGAUCCUGUGUAAUUCAUUCAGCGACACCUCCAUCUUUAACCAGAUGUGGACAGCUAACAGCUUUUGGUUGAUGCCAGCUUUCAUGUUAAAGAAGAUUGUGCUGGGGAAUUUUGCUAAAGGACCUGUGGAUCCUAAAAUGGCAGAUGCAAUUGACUUCAUGGUUGACAGGUUGGAGAGUCUGAACCAAAGUGAGUUAGCAUCACGGCUAACACUCAACUGUCAAAACUCUUAUGUGGAGCCUCACAAAAUAAAAGAAGUUGCCGUCACAAUUAUAGAUGUGUUUGAUCAGAGCGCUCUGUCUCUCGAGGCCAAGGAGGAGAUGUAUAAACUGUAUCCUAAUGCCAGACGAGCUCAUCUGAAAACAGGAGGAAACUUCCCGUACCUGUGUAGGAGCGCAGAGGUCAACCUCUAUAUACAGAUUCACCUUCGGCAGUUCCACGGGACAAGAUAUGCUGCUAUCAGUCCUGAAAUGGUGAGCGCCGAGGAGCUGGAGGUGCAGGAGAGUCAUCUGAGCAGUAACCAGGAAUCUGAAGAUGUCCAAUGAGACGUUUACCUGAUAGUUUUUUCAUUAUAAAUAUUUUCAGCAUUUUCUGUCCUAUUCAGAUUAUUAUCCAGAUUUUCUACAGAACUCAAUAUUUAACCAUCAAGUCAAAUGAGAAUAUUAUUGUUUGACAGAUGAAGCAUAUUUUGAUAAUGAGUACUUAUGAGCCUUAUGUGGACUUACACUUGUAUUCAUAUAUUGCCUGAACUGGUUUGUGUGUUAAACACAUACUGUGGUUCAUCUUGCCAGCAGUAAAACAGUUAAACAGAUAAAUUAACAUUUAAAAUGCAGAUAUGUAUAUCUGAAAGUCUGUUCAAAUCAGUGAUACUAUAUUUCCCCCAUUCAUUUUUCACCUUAACAGUAACAAUCUGAAUUUCACAUGUUGUGCAGUUGUUAAUUUCACCGAGAUGAGCUGAUUUAUGUUUGUCAAACUGGUUGUUAUGAUGAAAAUAAAUAAUGUGAUACAGCUGUAAUGUUA